AUGACUGUGGUCCCUUAUGGCAAGGGACGCAACUACACUUUUCUCUCACAAGAUGUCAGCCUCUCCCGAGGUCUGCUGUACACAGGCCUUCGAAUGUGUCAUCAUAAUCAUAAUCAUGCUCUCAAUAGGACCUUGUCACCUUGAACUUCUGAGUACACACGCAUCGACCACAUCCUCAAACGCACAGUUUGCACACAGCCAGUGUCUCUGGAUUUUGCACAAAGGUGUUUUUUCCCCGCGGUGGUGUUGUGUUUGUAACUAAUCUGUAGGCCUAUGGCAUGUAAUGGAGGUACAUGAGGGGAGGGUGAAUGGGGUUCUGUAGUAUUUUGUAGAGUAUGUGGCUGGAUGGGCACAUGGGGUUAGGCUUGCUUAACUGGGUUUGGUGUGAUUCUGCUUUGUAGUGUGAUGUAGCCAGGCAUCUAUUGGGCCCCUGUGUCUGUCUGGCAUUAAAUGAGUGUUUCCUUCCUGCUGGACCAGAAGCCAUGGAUUACAGGAAACAUCCGCACUGAGCUAAAGGGUAGAGCUGCCGCUUUCAAGGAGCGGGACUCUAAACCGGACGCUUAUAAGAAGUCCAGCUAUGACCUCCGACGAACCAUUAAACAGGCAAAGAGUCAAUACAGGACUAAGAUUGAAUCGUACUACACCGGCUCUGAUGCUUGUCGGAUGUGGCAGGGCUUGAAAACUAUUACAGACUACAAAGGGAAGCAAAGCCGCGAGCUGCCCAGUAACACAAGACUUCCAGACGAGUUAAAGCACUACUAUGCUCGCUUCGAGGCAAGCAACACUGAAGCAUGCAUGAGAGCACCAGCUGUUCCGGAUGACUAUGUGAUCACGCUCUCCGUAGCCGAUGUGAGUAAGACUUUUAAGCAGGUCAACAUUCACAAGGCCGCAGGGCCAGACGGAUUACCAGGACGUGUACUCCGAGCAUGUGCUGACCAACAGGCAAGUGUCUUCACUGACAUUUUCAACAUGUCCCUGACUGAGUCUGUAAUACCAACAUGUUUCAAGCAGACCACCAUAGUCCCCGUGCCCAAGGACACUAAGCUAACCUGCCUAAAUGACUACCGACCCGUAGCACUGACGUCUGUAGCCAUGAAGUGGCUCACAUCAACACCAUUAUCCCAGAAACCCUAGACCCACUCCAAUUUGCAUACCGCCCCAACAGAUCCACAGAUGAUGCAAUCUCUAUUGCACUCCACACUGCCCUUUCACACCUGGACAAGAGGAACACCUACGUGAGAAUGCUAUUCAUUGACUACAGCUCAGCAUUCAACACCAUAGUGCCCUCAAAGCUCAUCACUAAGCUAAGGAUCCUGGGACUAAACACCUUCCUCUGCAACUGGAUCAUGGACUUCCUGACGGGCCACCCCCAGGUGGUAAGGGUAGGUAAUAACACAUCUGCCACACUGAUCCUCAACACAGGGGCCCCUCAGGGGUGCGUGCUCAGUCCCCUCCUGUACUCCCUGUUCACCCAUGACUGCAUGGCCAGGCACGACUCCAACACCAUCAGAGGACCACCUGGGGGUGGUCCUCUGUAGCUCAGCUGGUAGAGCACGGCGCUUGUAACGCCAAGGUAGUGGGUUCGAUCCCCGGGACCACCCAUACACAAAAAUGUAUGCACGCAUGACUGUAAGUCGCUUUGGAUAAAAGCGUCUGCUAAAUGGCAUAUUAUUAUUAUUAUUAUUAUAUUAAGUUUGCCGACGACACAACAGUGGUAGGCCUGAUCACCGACAACGAUGAGACAGCCUAUAGGGAGGAGGUCAGAGACCUGGCCGUGUGGUGCCAGGAUAACAACCUCUCCUUCAACGUGACCAAGACAAAGGAGAUGAUUGUGGACUACAGGAGAAAAAAGAGGACUGAGCACGCCCCCAUUCUCAUCGACGGGGCUGUAGUGGAACAGGUUGAGAGCUUCAAGUUCCUUGGUGUCCACAUCACCAACGAACUAUCAUGGUCCAAACACACAAAGACAGUCAUGAAGAGGGCACGACAAAGCCUAUUCCCCCUCAGGAGACUGAAAAGAUUUGGCAUGGGUCCUCAGAUCCUCAAAAAAUUAUACAGCUGCACCAUCGAGAGCAUCCUGACUGGUUGCAUCACCGCCUGGUAUGGCAACUGCUUGGCCUCCGACCGCAAGGCACUACAGAGGGUAGUGCGUACGGCCCAGUACAUCACUGGGGCCAAGCUUCCUGCCAUCCAGGACCUCUAUACCAGGCGGUGUCAGAGGAAGGACCUCAAAAUUGUCAAAGACUCCAGCCACCCUAGUCAUAGACUGUUCUCUCUGCUACCGCACGGCAAGCGGUACCGGAGUGCCAAGUCUAGGUCCAAAAGACUUCUCAACAGCUUCUACCCCCAAGCAAUAAGACUCCUGAACAGCUAAUCAUGGCUACCCGGACUAUUUACACUGCCCCCCACCCCCCACCCCAUCUUUUUACGCUGCUGCUACUCUGUUAAUUAUUUAUGCAUAGUCACUUUAACUCUACCCACAUGUACAUAUUACUUCAACUACCUCAACUAGCCGGUGCCCCCGCACAUUGACUCUGCACCGGUACCCCCCUGUAAAUAUAGCCUCCCUACUGUUAUUUUAUUUUACUUCUGCUCUUUUUUUUCUCAACACUUUUUUGUUGUUGUUUUAUUUUACUUUUUUUUAAAAUUAAAAAUAAAUGCACUGUUGGUUAAGGGCUGUAAGUAAGCAUUUCACUGUAAUGUCUGCACCUGUUGUAUUCGGCGCAUGUGGCCAAUAAAAUUUGAUUUGAUUUGAUUUGCUGCUAGCAACUCUCCAUCACACCAACUACACCUGCACAUCAAGGUCUUCUCUCUCUCUCUCUCUCUCUCUCUCUCUCUCUCUCUCUCUCUCUCUCUCUCUCUCUCUCUGUAACAUCCAUUUUUCAUUCUGUAAAAAUGAGUUUUACUCAUGUCUCAAAUCGGGGGUCUGUGUAUGUGGAGCGCCAUGCCACAAACCGUUGGUAAUUAGAGGCGUUCGUUUGAGGCUGAGGGGAAUAAAAACGGUCUGUAAACAUCCUCAAUCUGCUUUCUCUGUGAGCCACUGUGUGAUAGCAGGAGCUGUCUGUCUGGGUACAAAACAACGUGAAUAGUGAAUUGACUACUGUGGAGUAUUUUGGCCAUGUCUUUGCGGUGGUGCACUGCAUUGCACCCUCAGAUUACUUUUAUGGAUUUUUGAUUAUGCCUUUUGGAGCAGCUUGUUCGUUUCCCUCUGCCAAAGAAAGGCGAGAUGGAAAUUUGAAGAAGAAGGAGAGGGGGACACUCUUUCCUCCUCUUUGACUGUGCCCUGUAGAGUGCUUUAUCUGAAGUAUCUCUAUGAAACAAAGUGAAUUACUAUAUCUAGACUUCCAAAUAAGAGCCCUGCUUCAGGGUAAUGAGAUUUACAUCAAGGUCAAUUUUUAUUGACCAUGGUUUCUGGACAUAAUGCUGAGGUGGAUAUACAGUAGAUGAAUGUGUUUCCCCCUUUGUGCUGGUUUGGAGGUUCCCUCCCUUCUCUCUGCACCAUCCUGUGUGUGUUUGUGUGUCUUACCAUGAUAGGCUGUGGUGAUUGACUGCAAAAUAAAUUGUUGACGUGUGCGACAAAGGAACACACCCACAGUACACACAACAGCACAGGGCCAUUGAGUGGUUACAGGGCACUGUAUCACACAGUAAUGUGUUUAUUAGUCUAUACAAAACAAAUUAUAUGAUUUAGUGCUGUAAAUUGUUACAGCACUGCUAGCACGACUGCUGCCUGCCACAUUGGCCUUGGUUAGGAGACAGAUACAUGGCAGUAGCAGGGAGCCACAGGGGACUGUCUGACCAUUGAAAGUGCGUUUUAUUACUGUGAAAUUGAUGGCAACUGUGUAAUGUAAUGUCUUCUCAAUAGAAAAAGCAUUUAAAACUGAGUUGGCUUCUGCUAUUUUAUGCUGCUGCCUUUGGGUAAUUUCCAGCUGUGUAUCUUUCUUAGUUUUAAAAGCUGGCAGGUACAUUUUAAGUAGAGGUGAACUUUCCAGAAUAUCUUCUCCCGCGUAGUAUUCAGAGUCAAAUUAGUCACAGAGACUGUCACUCUGUUGCUAAGACAUGUCAGCUGCAUAGCGACAGCAGAUUCUGAGCCGUAGGGCCUUGGCAUCACACACACACACACACACAGCUGUGUCCCCGCCUCUCUCACCUAAAAAUCAGGGGGAGGGAGUGAGCUCUUUCCCCAGUCUAACCUGAGGGUGUGCCCCAGGCAGCAUCAAUCUGUUCCCUUUCACCCUGCAUCUCCUCAGCUCUGCUCUGCCGUUACACAACUCCCAACAAGUCUUCAAGACUUUGAAACAAACUUUUAAAGGUGCAAUAUGCAGAAAUCGCUCCGCCAUUUCCUGGUUGCUAAAAUUGUAAUAGUUAUCCUAAUUUCAGUUUGUGACAAAACAAGAAAUGUCUAGAGAAUCAUUUUACCAUCUAAACCACUGUGAAAUAUAUUUUCAAUAACCAAAAAUAUUGUAUUUUCAGCUAUUUGAAGCUGGUGCUGAAGGUUAUCAGGGUCUUCUCUUACUCAGGACUUUGUUCAUGUAUUUUUAAGACUGUGAUGUCGGCAGCAUUUAUCAGCAUAUAUAUCAGCAUUUUAUUUAUGUGUUUGGGAAUUGGUCUCCAAAAGAAAACUUUAGAUGCUGUGAGAAUGUUUUUGUUUGUUUUUAUGGCCCCUAUGUAUAGAGCCAGAGUACUAGAAUCAAUGAUAGUUAUAAGUAUACAGUGUGCAGUCAUGUUUUUUUUGUGUGUGCGUGUCUCUCAGUUGUGAAAGAUCUCUCUCUCGAUUUGUGUCUGGGCACUGCUGAUCAGUGGCAAACGGGCCUAAUUCAGGCAGGUGAUAACAUGUGUCAUGGAUCCUUUAUGCAGCCGUCGGUACUGUAGCUAAUUUGUCCUGCUGUGUGUAGUCUAGCGUGUUGGUCAAUAUUAGCUCUGGAGGCUCUUUCUCAAAGGGAUGUGUUUGCUCUCCUUCCCUCUCAAAUCAAAUCAAAUCAACAACAAAAAUGCCAAAUGCGCCGAAUACAACAGGUGUAGACCUUACAGUGAAAUGCUGACUUACAAGCCCUUAACCAACAAUGCAGUUUUAAGAAAAAUAAGUGUUAAGUAAGAAAUAGAUAAGUAAAAAAUAAAAACAACAAAUCAUCCCCCACAACCCCCUCCCGCCCCUCCGAUAUUCCUGAUAGUGAUAUGCGUGGAACCAAGCGGUCACUUACCAGGAGAGACAUAUAUCUAUGUACUGUGACAACAAUAAAACACUGCCACCCAUGCCUUGUCACAUAUAAAUUAUGUCCUGAAUUAUUUGCUUGGAGUUUUCUUAUUUUAUUUUUUCAUUGUAUUCACGGGAAUGUCCCUGUAUUGAUGUGUAAUAUUGUUAUUAUUGUUGCAAUAAAAAAUAAAUACAAAUAAAUGUUUAAUAAGGAAGUGUGUUGAGCAACAUGCAGUAGAACUGAGUUUAAACUUGACCAUCUCAGUGUGCCUGUAAUAUAGAUUAGACUUUCAACUAAACCUAUGGGGAAACUUUUUGCAUUCAUUUGUAUAUAAUUUGGUGUGUGUGUGUUUGUUCAUGCACAGGAGUGUCUAUAUCGUUUUAUACAAAGGGUGGGUUUAAUCCUGAAUGCUGAUUGGUUAAAACCGCAUUCCAGAUGGCGUCUAUUCCACAAGUUGCCACCGGCUAAAUCUAUGGUGUUAAAAUGCAUAUUUACUCUGUUCCAUCUGAUUGGCAAUCCACUGUCUAAUCAGCCCAGCCAGGCAAUUUAUAAACUUAAUCUCCACUAUAAAAAGCAUCUAGACAUUAUCUCACAUUUCUUUUAGACUAACAUUUCAUUUUCAACAGCAGAGAUUUGUAUAAACCUUGCUGUCUGUCUCGCCGACAUUUGUAACAUUGUUUCAAUAUUCAAAUUCGAUCUCCUGCUGUCCCAUAGUAAUGAACGUGUCGGGAGUCGGGAUGAGACAGACAGACAGACAGGCAGGCAGCGUUUCUCAACCAGUCAAAAUCAUGAAUCAGCUGGCAUAAUUUUUCUGGAUAUAUACCAAAAAAAUCUCUUGAAAAAAGGUACAACGAAACGCAGCUAAUUUGCCGUCUUUCCAGCUUCAGUUUGAAGUGAUUGUGUUACUGGCUAGCUCCUCUGAACCACAGUGUCCUGACCAGUGAGCACAUUUUCUAUGCCAGGCGAAAUCGCGCCUCAUUAACAUUUAAGUCAUUUAGCAGACGCUCUUAUCCACAGCGACUUACAGAAGCAAUUAGGGUUAAGUGCCUUGCUCAAGGGCACAUCGACAGAUUUUUCACCUAGUCGGCUCGGGGAUUAGAACCAGCGCCCUUUCGGUUACUGGCACAACGCGCUUAACCACUAAGCCACCUGCCGCCCUACUCAUUGUUAUGGAUGUAUCCAAAUAAAUGUCACUGGAAAACAGCUCAAACAAAUGCAAAUGCAGCUACUUUGCUGUUAUUCAAGCUGCACGUUUUGACGUGACUGUAAAUUAGCCGUAGUUGGCUGGCUUGCAAGCAAGGGAUAAGAACGUUGCAAGCCAGUAUGGCAAUGGAACAUUAAGAACGAACGACUGGGUCGCGUCCAUAGAUACAGAACAAAAAGACUGAACGACUGGGUUGCGUCCAUAGAUACAGAACAAAAAGACUGAACGACUGGGUUGCGUCCAUAGAUACAGAACAAAAAGACUGAACGACUGGGUCGCGUCUCUAGCUACCCUAGAUUUGUGUCGGGACUAUAUCAUGUGGAAGGAUGAAAUAGUAUGAAUAAAUUCAUAAAAAUAACGUUUUUAAUGAAAAUAUGUCAAUCAUUAUUUGAAUAUGUUGGUAACCUGAUAAUGCCCUCGAAUGCCCUCGAUAUAUUGGCACGGUUUGAACAACACCUGUGCCAAUAUAUCCUCCAAACACCUGCUAGUCAGGCAUUAUCACUUAAGUGUAUAUGGUGUAUAGCAUGAUCACAGGGAUCCUGCAUUGUGUAGUUUUCACUGAAUGUCUUGUUUGUUUUGUCUUCCUGGUUCUGUGAGCUGGUAAACUACCGCCUCAUUGAUUUGGAUUGCUUGUCAUUUGCCAUUUCAAGUGGAACUAAAAAGCAUAAAACUGGAGAGAGAGAAUUUGCAUGUGAAAUUGUUUGUGAGAUUUUGUAAUAAUAUCUGGGUAUUACAUGCCUGUGUGGAUACUCACCCUCCUCUCCUCAGUCUCUCCUCUUUAAAUAGAUGUUGAUGCGAAAGCAGAGUACACAUACAUACAGUGCAUUUGGAAAGUAUUUAGUUAUGUAAGCCUUAUUCUAAAAUUGAUUAAACCGUUUUUUCCCCUGAUCAAUCUACACACAAUACCCCAUAAUGACAAAGCAAAAACAGGUUUUUAGAAAUGUUUGCACAUUUAUUAGAAAUAAAAAACGUAUAUCACAUUUACAUAAGAAUUCAGACCCUUUACUCAGUACUUUGUUGAAGCACCUUUGGCAGCGAUUACAGCCUUGAGUCUUCUUGGGUAUGACGCUACAAGCUUGGCACACCUGUAUUUGGGGAGUUUCUCCCAUUCUCUGCAGAUCCUCUCAAGCUCUGUCAGGUUGGAUGGAGAGUGUCGCUGCACAGCUAUUUUCAGGUCUCUCCAGAGAUGUUCGACUGGGUUCAAGGGCCACUCAAGGACAUUCAGAGGCUUGUCCCGAAGCCAUUCCUGCGUUUUCUUGGCUGUGUGCUUAGGGUCAUUGUCCUGUUGGAAGGUGAACCUUCGCCCCAGUCUGAGUUCCUGAGCGCACCGGAGGAGGUUUUCAUCAAGGAUCUCUCUGUACUUUGCUCCGUUCAUCUUUGCCUCGAUCCUGACUAGUCUCCCAGUCCCUGCCGCUGAACAACAUCCCCACAGCAUGAUGCUGCCACCACCAUGCUUCACCGUAGGGAUGGUGCCAGGUUUCCUCCGCUGGUUUCAUCCGACCAGAGAAUCUUGUUUGUCAUGGUCUGAGAGUCCUUUAGGUGCCUUUUGGCAAACUCCAAGCAGGCUGGCCACUCUACCAUAAAGGCCUGAUUGGUGGAGUGCUGCAGAGAUGGUUGUCCUUCUGGAGGGUUCCCCCAUCUCCACAGAGGAACUUAUGUAAAUAAGGUAUUUUUAUUCUAAAUACCUGUUUUCGCUUUGUGAUUAUGGCGUAUUGUGUGUAGAUUGAUGAGGGGAAAAAAUAAUUUAAUCUAUUUUAGAAUAAGACUGUAACAACAUAACAAAAUGUGGAAAAAGUGAAGGGGUCUGAAUACUUUACGAAUGCACUGUAAUUAUCUUUGUGUUGUUUCAUGACAAAUGUCUAUAAAUCUGAUUUAGGAUAAUGGUAUUAGUGUACAGUAUGGUAUUAUUGUAGUAGACAGCAGUUUAGCAGUACUAGCGUGAAAAAUAACUGGGGAAGAGAGAGAAAGGUUGAGUAUGAGAUAAACUGUUUGUAAACCUUGAGAAGGGUGGUGAAAGAGAGAAUAGAGAAAAAGGGAGAAAGAGAGAGAGCGAGAGAGUUGAGAAAAGGUAGAACGCAGGUGGAACAGUAGUUCCAGCCAGAUGGAACCCCAGAAGGUUGCGGAGCAGUUCUAUUGUGUUGUAACCUAACGUAGCAUGCGUAGAAAGACGCCUGAGCGUAGUCCCCACUCCUGUUUUUCAGGGGAAACGGAAGUUAGGUUGAAAAUAUUGUAUCCCUGAAAACAUCCGCUUUUUGCCAAAGCCGCUAAGGGUGACUGUGUUGUCACAUGUUGUCCCAGAGCUCUUCCCGAUUAGCUGAAUGGAUUGGUCCUGGUGGAUUGGUCCCUCAGCAGGCUGUGGGGUUAUAUGACCUCUGGGGUGAAAACACAGAGGCAUAUAAUUUGUGUGAUGGGACAAGGCCAUAACGUGUGGGUGUACAGUGGGGGGAAAAAAGUAUUUAGUCAGCCACCAAUUGUGCAAGUUCUCCCACUUAAAAAGAUGAGAGAGGCCUCAUUUUCAUCAUAGGUACACGUCAACUAUGACAGACAAAUUGAGAAAAGAAAAUCCAGAAAAUCACAUUGUAGGAUUUUUAAUGAAUUUAUUUGCAAAUUAUGGUGGAAAAUAAGUAUUUGGUCACCUACAAACAAGCAAGAUUUCUGGCUCUCACAGACCUGUAACUUCUUCUUUAAGAGGCUCCUCUGUCCUCCACUCGUUACCUGUAUUAAUGGCACCUGUUUGAACUUGUUAUCAGUAUAAAAGACACCUGUCCACAACCUCAAACAGUCACACUCCAAACUCCACUAUGGCCAAGACCAAAGAGCUGUCAAAGGACACCAGAAACAAAAUUGUAGACCUGCACCAGGCUGGGAAGACUGAAUCUGCAAUAGGUAAGAAGCUUGGUUUGAAGAAAUCAACUGUGGGAGCAAUUAUUAGGAAAUGGAAGACAUACAAGACCACUGAUAAUCUCCCUCGAUCUGGGGCUCCACGCAAGAUCUCACCCCGUGGGGUCAAAAUGAUCACAAGAACGGUGAGCAAAAAUCCCAGAACCACACAGUGGGACCUAGUGAAUGACCUGCAGAGAGCUGGGACCAAAGUAACAAAGCCUACCAUCAGUAACACACUACGCCGCCAGGGACUCAAAUCCUGCAGUGCCAGACGUGUCCCCCUGCUUAAGCCAGUACAUGUCCAUGCCCAUCUGAAGUUUGCUAGAGUGCAUUUGGAUGAUCCAGAAGAGGAUUGGGAGAAUGUCAUAUGGUCAGAUGAAACCAAAAUAGAACUUUUUGGUAAAAACUCAACUCGUCGUGUUUGGAGGACAAAGAAUGCUGAGUUGCAUCCAAAGAACACCAUACCUACUGUGAAGCAUGGGGGUGGAAACAUCAUGCUUUGGGGCUGUUUUUCUGCAAAGGGACCAGGACGACUGAUCCGUGUAAAGGAAAGAAUGAAUGGGGCCAUGUAUCGUGAGACUUUGAGUGAAAACCUCCUUCCAUCAGCAAGGGCAUUGAAGAUGAAACGUGGCUGGGUCUUUCAGCAUGACAAUGAUCCCAAACACACCGCCCGGGCAACGAAGGAGUGGCUUCGUAAGAAGCAUUUCAAGGUCCUGGAGUGGCCUAGCCAGUCUCCAGAUCUCAACCCCAUAGAAAAUAUUUGGAGGGAGUUGAAAGUCCGUGUUGCCCAGCGACAGCCCCAAAACAUCACUGCUCUAGAGGAGAUCUGCAUGGAGGAAUGGGCCAAAAUACCAGCAACAGUGUGUGAAAACCUUGUGAAGACUUACAGAAAACGUUUGACCUGUGUCAUUGCCAACAAAGGGUAUAUAACAAAGUAUUGAGAAACUUUUGUUAUUGACCAAAUACUUAUUUUCCACCAUAAUUUGCAAAUAAAUUCAUUAAAAAUCCUACAAUGUGAUUUUCUGGAGAAAAAAAAUCUCAUUUUGUCUGUCAUAGUUGACGUGUACCUAUGAUGAAAAUUACAGGCCUCUCUCAUCUUUUUAAGUGGGAGAACUUGCACAAUUGGUGGCUGACUAAAUACUUUUUUUCCCCACUGUAUGUGUGCGUCAUCAUUAAAAUGGCUCACUGAUGAUUGCUUUUUGUAAUUUGCAAUUGAGGUUAAAAUAACAAACCAGGAAUACUGGUUGCAAAUACCAGCAACAGUAGAAGAAGUCAUCCAGGUUUUGUUAAUCUCUCUCUCAGUCUUAAAGAUUUAAGUUGAAUAUUCUGAUCAUUGUUGUACAAGAAACCAGUGACAAUGUUUUUCCUAAGUGUCCCCAUUGUUUUCUUGUUCCAUUGUCUUUACUAAUCAGUGACAUCCUGACAGGUUGGCCUCAUUAGAAUAUGCAGAUUUUAGCUCGGAAACUCACACAGGUGUCCAGCCAGAGAGUUUGCCAAUUAUGAAAUUGUAUGAAUAAUUUAAAGACUCAAACUGGACAGUUUUAUCUCGUUCUCUUCAUUCAAAGACUCAAUCAUGGACACUCUUACUGACAGUUGUGGCUGCUUCGUGUGAUGUAUUAUUGUCUUUACCUUCUUGCCCUUUGUGCUGUUGUCUGUUCCUAAUAAUGUUUGUACCAUGUUUUGUGCUGCUACCAUGUUGUGCUGCUGCCAUGUUGUGUUGCUACCAUGUUGUUGUCAUGUUGUGUUGCUACCAUGCUGUGUUGUCAUGUGUUGCUGCCAUGCUAUGUUGUUGUCUUAGGUCUCUCUUUAUGUAGUGUUGUGGUGUCUCUCUUGUCAUGAUGUGUGGUUUGUCCUAUAUUUUUAUUUUAUUUUGUAUUUUUAAUCCCAGCCCCUGUCCCCGCAGGAGGCCUUUUGCCUUUUGGUAGGCCUUCAUUGUAAAUAAGAAUUUGUUCUUAACUGACUUGCCUAGUUAAAAAUAAGGUAAAAUAAAAUAAACUCAUGAUCCUCCUCUCAUCGCUUCUGUCAUGAUUAUUUAUGGCUGCCCAGCCAUAAACCUCCCUGAGCCUCUUCUCCACUUACACAUGACACAGCUCACCCCCUGAAUAGAACAAAAUACAAAGAAUAUAACAACAUAGAAUAGACUGCAUAAUAGAAUGGCACUGCAUGGCAUCAAUAGAAUACAUAGAAUAAAAUAGUUUGUCUGGCAAUAAAAAUUUAGCGUUUGGCUUGACAAUAAGCAAUGGAGUUGGCAAGAGCACAAACAGAUCUGGGACCAUGCUAGCAUAGCCUGUGCUGUAGCCAAAAUCUUUCGCAACAGUGAGGGUUUGUUGACAUGAAAGUCCAUUAUGUCGAAAGGGCAAUAUUUACGUUGACAUCCCACCUGAUUGGCUUGACAUGAGUAAACACCAGGGUAUGUCAUCAGAGUAUAAGGGGCACCUGCAUUCAAUAAUGUAUGUUGGAAUACGGCACAUGAAAUACAAACGACCAUGAAAUCCUAUUUAGUUUGAAACUAUGGGCAAAUUCGAAUAUGCCCAGCCUACUACAGUAGGGUUACCCCCCUAACUAUAUGCCCCCCGUCGACCUGUCUGAGCAUUUCUUCUUCAGUACGCAUCUGUGUCUGUGAAAGCCUUGGCUCAAGCUCUGACUGAUAUUUAACCCACUGUUGUACAGUGAACUGACGAGCGCGAGGAGGAGGGAUCCGUCAUCUUCACGGUCUAAGGCAGCAUGUAGACGGGCUCCUAUCUUGCCACGGCCGAGAGAGAAAUGGCGUGAGAAAGUGUCAAAAUUCGAGAACAUCUAUCUUUGGAUGCAGAGUAACCUGAUGUUUCACAGCUGUAAAUAGUUUUGGAGUCUUGGUUCAUUGUGUUCAGUCUACAGGGCACGCGCUACACGCUGCGCUCUUCGGCUGUGGUGACAGUUAAGCUUUCCGAGCUGGGUUCUCCGCCAGUGCAAUCUAAUGAAUUAAUUGUUAUACAGGACUAUACACUUGCAACUUGUUCCCAGAACGGUGGCGCGUGACUCCCGGUGGAUGUAACGUUGAGUGGAGUGGCGCGGGUCGGUGUGCGGUCGUAUAGAGCGGUGGCGGACCAAACGCAAGACGUCCAAUUGAAUCUCCCUUCCCGUGUCCAGGUGCCUCUGCCCGCCUCAUAACGAAGAUGUUGCUCCUCGGAAUACUGCUCAACAUCUUCAUACGAGGUAAAAUGCAGGAAGGUAUCCAUUCUGUUACAUCAAUUUUUGUCGUCAGUCAUUCAGGUCUACUCGGACCUUAAAAUUAGUUUUUAGCACCUUGGUUUUACAGGCAAUCAUGACACCUUACUCAUCUAAUUGAAGUAUUUGAUUAUUUGAAUUCGUAAUAAGGCUAAUUGCCCCCAUAACACCAAUUCUUUGAUUUACCUUUUACAUGAUGGUUCAAAUGCACGUUUUCAGUGAGCCUUGGAUGCAGGCAUGGCUUCUAAUUUUCCACAUAGUUCCACAAAUAUGCUCUAUGCAAGGAAUGUAUUAAGCCUAUUCCUUGAUCUUCUAGGCUACCUGAACUGCUCUUAAUAAACAUUUUAUGACAACGUUAAUAUUUGGUAAAAGGAGAGACUUUAGGAACCACUUGGAAACCACUUGAAUUUACAUUUUGGAUUAAUGAAAGUACUUAAGACAUUCAUUCCAGUCUUGGGACAAAGGCUGAUGAUCUCUACAACCACUCGUUUUUGAUAUUCUGAAAUUGAUAUUCUGUGAGUUGGUGCCGCCGGAUGCAUAGGCUACGCGAAUAAUUUCCCCGCGGGUCGACAGUUUGAUUUAUUAGUGGUGUUAAUGAUCGUGUGUUUGGUGUGCUGGUGUAAGCGACAGUCCCAGGGGUCGCAUCGUAUAUAAUCAGUAAAUUGUCUGUUUCUCCCUCUCUCUCUCUCUCUCCCUCGCCCGAGUGAGCGUGGCUUGCAGGUCUCUUUCGUUAAAACAUUUUUUAAAAUAUAAAUUCACCUCACCUCCAAACGCACAUCAGAAUAAAUGGUAAAGUUGUUGUUCAAUGAGGAAGCUCACUCAACCGACGCCUGUGUGCAAACAGCGGAAUCGUGGUUGACGUCUUAUCGGCGCGCAGGUGCGUUUGGCCGCCAGAUGUGCGUCCAGGUGUGUUUGAGUAGCGGCGGAGACAGACACGGGGAAGGGGGCGCCACACGGCGGGGUGCGCAUUAUGUUUUGACAGCCCCCUGGGUCACACACACACACAGGUGACAGGUGUCUCCAUCAGAGGUGAUUUUACUGCACAGCGAGAGGCUGGGGUUGAACAGCAGGGCUUUGGAAAAGGUCAACGAGAGAUAAACAGAGAGCUAGCUGUAAACUCCUUUAUAAUUUCCUCAUGGAAAAAGAUGACGGCAAGGGAAAGAAAAGAACAUGCAUGAGAAAUGAAAAGGUACACAUCAAUGUAAAGAUUUGACCAGCUACGACCCCCGUAAAUUAAUCAAAUAGGCAAACAGACAGGGACAAAGUGGAGUCGUAAUUCAACGGCUCAGACACGAGAUGCAUGUGGCAGGGACUCCAGACAAUCACGGAUUAUGAAGGGAAAAGCAGCCACGUCGCGGACACCGAUGCUUCACUCCUAGACAAAUUUAACACAUUCUCUGCCCGUUUCGAGUUGCACGGUAGGCCUAUAACGAAACUUCGGUAGGCUAGGCUACUCUUUCGAUACUAUAACAUGAAAAAUGGUUCGGUACUAGAAUUUUUGUUACUUUCGGUAGGCCUACUUCUGUCAAAUGUGUCUCAUGUCAUAGCCUACGGAUUGAGAUGACGAGUCUGUCUAGUAAUUUGUCUGAAUGUUCUCAAGGGGGCAGUAGUAAAUUAGCCAGGCUACUUGCAGCAUGCUGCUGACACAGCGCAAGACAAUUUUGAGAAGCAAGCAAGAGAGUUAAAAUGCCGACAGCAUGGCUUCUUCUAACGAAAACAUCAUACCUCCAGACCGCAGUUUAUUGACAAAACUGGCUCAGAAGCGAACUAUGGGAAUACUUUGCUUACAGAGCAGAUGAUGAGGGCCAGGCCACCGAAACAACAUUUUACAUUUACAUUUUAGUCAUUUAGCAGACGCUCUUAUCCAGAGCGACUUACAGUUAGUGAGUGCAUACAUUAUCAUUUUAUGCAAAGGUUAUCAUACAACUAUGCAAAGGUGUUACAAAGCAGUGGAAGGGAGGUUUAGUUCCAAAAUGACAAACUAUUUUACAUAUGACAUUUGAAUUGUAACGUUAUUCUACUAGCAACUACAGUAGGCUAUAUAAAAAAAAAUAAUCAGGUGACACUAACAUGAACAUACACUAUAUAUACAAAAGUAUGUGGACAACCCUUCAAAUUAGUGGAUUCAGCUAUUUCAGCCACACCAUUGCUGACAGGUGUCUAAAAUCGAGCACACAGCCAUGCAAUCUCCAUAGACAAACAUUGGCUGUAGAAUGGCCUUACUGAAAAGCUCAGGGACUUUCAAUGUGGCACCCUCAUAGGAUGCCACCUUUCCAACAAGUCAGUUCGUCAAAUUGCUGCCCUACUAGAGCUGCCCCGAUCAACUGUAAGUAAAAUUUGUCUGUCCUCGGUUGCAACACUCACUGCCAAAUUCCAAACCUCCUCUGGAAGCAACGUCAGCACAAUAACUGUUUGGGUUUCCAUGGCCGAGCAGCCGCACACAAGCCUAAGAUCACCAUGCACAAUGCCAAGCAUGCCGCCAUUGGACUCUGGAGCAGUGGAAACGCGUUCUCUGGAGUGACAAAUCCCGCUUCCCCAUCUGGCAGUCCGACGGACGAAUCUGGGUGCCAGGAGGACAGGAGAACGCUACCUGCCCCAGUGUAUAGUGUCAACUGUAAAGUUUGGUGGAGGAGGAAUAAUGGUCUGGGGCUGUUUUUCAUGGUUCGGGCUAGGCCCCUUAGUUCCAGUGAAGGGAAAUCAUAACGCUACAGCAUACAAUGACAUUCUAGACGAUUCUGUGCUUCCAACUUUGUGGCAACAGUUUAGGGAAGGCCCUUUCUUGUUUCAGCAUGACAAUUCCCCCAUGCACAAAGCGAGGUCCAUACAGAAAUGAUUUGUCGAGAUUGGUGUGGAAGAACUUGACUGGCCUGCACAGAGGCCUGAUCUCAACCCCAUCGAACACCUUUAGGUUGAAUUAGAAGGCCGACUACGAGCCAGGCCUAAUUGCCCAACAUCAGUGCCUGACCUCACUAAUGCUCUUUUGGCUGAAUGGAAGCAAGUCCCCGCGGCAAUGUUCCAACAUCUAGUGGAAAGCCUUCCCAGAAGAGUGGAGGCUGUUAUAGCAGCAAAGUGGGGACCAACUCCAUAUUAAUGCCCAUGAUUUUGGAAUGAGAUGUUUGACAAGCAGGUGUCCACAUACUUUUGGUCAUGUAGUGUAUCAUUCUUACUAUAUAUUUUUGGUGUAUAUACACAUAGAUUGCAUUUGGAUUACUGAUAGUAUUAUUUGUGUUAUUAACUGGAUUAAUUCUGACAUUCUUGAUUUCUUCUUUCUAGUUUUUGAUUAUUUAUUAUUUGUGUAGUUGUUUGACAUUUUAUUGCACCGUUAGGAGCUGGUAACACAAGCAUUUCACUGCACCCGCUAUAACAUCUGCUAAACUGUGUACGUGACCAAUCAACUUUGAUUUGAUGAUAGGGUUGAUAGUACAUAGGAUUUGUUUGGAAUACGGAUUGUGUGUGCAGAUGGGGACAGGGCAAGUCAAGAAGGUGUGUGUGUGUGUGAGCGUCUAGGGGUUGUGUGCCACCAGGGGGUAGCUAGGGGUCGUAUGUGUGUUUUUGUUGAUAACUAGGAUUUGGAACUCAAACACAAGAGGAACAGAUGGUGUGUUGGGCUUUUGCCUCCUUGGCUGGGAGAUUCACCCUGUUUGUGUGUGUGUGUGUGUGUGUGUGUCUUCACUGAAACUCUUUCAUAUGCCCAUUCUGCUGUACCCAUGGGGACUGCAUGACAUCAAACCUCACUGCUCCCUCAUAUGAACUGUGAGAUUGCGCUCCACUGCACUGCACCCAUAACCACUGAUCUUGAGCCAGCUCUCCCAAUCCUUGACAUAUCCCUAACCAUUAAUGAACAACACAUCAGAACUGGCCCAGGAUCAGUUACAUGUAAAAUGGUAACACUUUACUUACAGGUGUAAUGCUUUAUAACUUGCUGUAAAAAUGUGUUUGACCAUUUAUAAUGUCCUAUAAACCACAUACAUACUGGCCCCCUCAGAUUCUCCUUUCAAAAGGUGAUAAGGUAAAUGUGACAUCAUGUGAUAGUGAGGGAUUCGCCUGGUAUGUGUAUGGCAACGUGUCACUAGUUUAGGGGGAAAGUCUGAGCUUCCUGGUUUUUAUGUGACAUGGGUAAUUUGUCUUCUUCCUUUACCUCUAGUUGGUACUCUGGUGUUUAAAGUGUCAAUCAGCAGUAGAAACAAUAACAAAGCGGCCUCCCCGCCCCUGGUUCAGUAAAAAGCUGAAGGCUGGAGAAAUGUAAUCACUCUCAAAGUUAUAGACAUAGCUAUGGAUGCAAGGAUUGACCAACCAUGAUAUCAAAAUUAUAGUGCUAACCAUGUUUUAAGGCUAUAUAGUGUUUGUUGACAUUUUCUUUGUUUACAAACUUUGGAGUAAAACAAGCUUAUAUUUUGGGUUCUGAUGGGGUACGACAGUUGAACUAAGCUCAUGAGGCAUUUAUAAGUUCUAUUCUUCAAGAAUCAACGGGUACAUAUCAUUAAUUUAUAAGUCCAAAAAUGGAUGCAGCAAAUGCUGAUUGCCCCUUUAAGUGUACAUACACCCAACUGUACCUUAUUUAGUCAAUUUGCGUUUUCCCAUUGAUCUAUGUUGUGCCUAGAGUCUCGGGUAGUCUAUUUCAUGAAACUCAACAUAUUCGAUUAAAAUAUGCUGCUCUGAUGAAUAUUAAGCUCUUUUUUGCUCUACCACUUCAGCCAUCUGGUGCAGGGUUUCCCAAACACAGAUGAUUCAAAUAACCAACUCCGCUGUGUAGUGCUAGGGCAAAAAAAACAAAACGUGCACCCAGGUGGGGCCCCAGGACCGAGUUUGGGAAACCCUGAUCUAGUGUGUGGCGGGGUGUGUGUGUGUGUCAUAGACAGAUUGCUCUACCCCCUCCUGUGGAUGUGUGGUAUUGUGUUUUUGUAAUAAUGAUAGACUCCGUGCCCCACAGUCCCCCUCACAGCAUGAGUCCGACAUAAAAGGCUCCCUCUCAGGGUGUGUGCGUGUGUUUUCAGGGUAUGCUGAUUGCAGCUCAUACUGUGCGUGUGUCCUAGCCAGCAAGGUUCUGAUUGGUGUGUGUCGCCAAACGGUGUUUGUCUCUGUCUCGCUCGCUCUCUCUCUCCGAUUAGUUUUUAAAUGACUGUAAUCGGAAAACGUUAGUGUGUCUGUAGGUCUGUGCGUGAACCAUUGAAUUUUACCAAGGGAGAAUUUUGUAUUGGUUUACAAAUAACAGUCGAGAGCAGCCAAAAUAUCACGCAGAACAUUUCUGGGUAAAAUAGAAGGUAUUUCCCAAAUAUGAAACCUCACACUGUAAGCUCUGGCUUUUGAUUCACUCAAUGAAAAUGCCUUCACGUCCAUGGAAAUGAGAUACUGUAGAGAAGGACUCACACAUCCAGUAUUGGCUUUUAAUAUUUAAUGUCAGUGCAUUCAGCCCAAAUACAAAUCAAUGGGUGCACAGAGUGAUAGUACUUGUAUGGGAGUCAUAAGAGAUACUAGAAUGGACAUGCCCUUUCAAAGCAACAUUCCGUGGUGGGUUCCCCCUGGCCGCCAUAUUGAGUGGACCAUUUAGAAUCAUCCCGAUACGAUGGCUGACUAUUCUCCCCCUCCUCUCUGUCUUCUCCGCCCUCAUUUCUGAAGGUGUGGUCCCCUCCUUGCCGCCCCUCCCCUUGGGCUUUGUAGAUUGUGUGGAGGCAGAGAGGGGGUGUAAGGAAGACACCCAGUGUAAGGAGCUGUACAUGACCCUGGAGUACUGUGCAUCCGAGGAGGCGGUGGCUCCGGGGGAAAAGGCCGGGAUAGAGUGCCUGGAGGCCCUGAGCGCCCUGCACUACCUCCCCCUGUUGGCCUGCAAGUGUCAGCGCGGCGCACGCAGAGAAGAGCACUGCCUCCGCGUCUACUGGAGUAUCAGGAUCCUGCAGGGUGAGUGUGUGUCCGCACGCGUGUGUAUGAGUUUAUAACAAAAUGUGGUAGGUGUAGUGCUUGUGACAAAGUGUGUAUGUUUGAUUACUAGCUUAUAGAGGGAAGGGGGCAGUGUGGAUUUCUAGUACCAUUGGUUCUUGACCCACCAUUUGGCCAACACUACGUUAGACCCCUGGCCAUCCUCUGUGACACAUCCCUAUAGCCACCGUGUUUUGCCGCAUCUGACUAUCAGGUUGCGUCCCAAAUGGCACCCUAUUCCCUACAUAAUGUGCACGCUAUUCUCCAUAGGUCCUGGUCAAAAGUAGUGCACUAAUAUAUAUAUAUAUAUAUAUAUAUAUAUAUGGAAUUGGGUGCCAUUUCGGACUCACCGUCAGUGAGAAUUAAUGACAGCUAAUGGAGCUAUCCCCCAUGCUCUGUUAGUCACCAUGCAUACGGUAAUUACACAGCACUCUACUCUAACACAGAACAGAGAGUGCUCUCCCUUACUGUGUCAUUAAGGAAAACAGUACACAGGGAUUUACAUGAACAGAUUAGUAGAUUUAAAUACUGAACAAAUAUAUAAACGCAACAUGCAACCAUUUUAAUGAUUUUUACUGUGUUACAGUUCAUAUAAGGAAAUCAGUCAAUUGAAAUAAAUAAAUUAGCCCUAAUCUACGGAUUUCACAUGACUGGGCAAGGACGCAGCCAAUCAGAAGGAGUUUUUCCCCACAAAAGGGCUUUAUUACAGACAAAAAUAUUACUCCGUUUCAUUUUACACGUUUUACACGUUGAGGUUGUGAGGCCGGUUGGACGUUCUGCCAAAUACUCUAAAAUGACGUUGGAGGAGGCUUAUGGUAGAGAAAUUAACAUUAAAUACUCUGGCAACAGCUCUGGUGGACAUUGCUACAGUCAGCUUGCCAAUUGCACACUCCCUCAAAGCUUGAGACAUCUGUGGCAUUGUGUUGUGUGACAAAACUGCACAUUUUAGAGUGGCCUUUUAUUGGCCCCAGCACAAGGUGCACCUGUGUAAUGAUCAUGCUGUUCAAUCCGCUUCUUGAUAUGCCACACCUGUCAGGUGGAUGGAUUAUCUUGGCAAAUGAGAAAUGCUCACUAACAGGGAUGUAAACAAAUUUGUGCACAACAUUUGAGAGAAAUAAGCUUUUUGUGCAUAUGGAACAUUUCUGGGAUCUUUUAUUUCAGCUCAUGAAACAUAGGACCAACACUUUACAUGUUGCGUUCAUAUUUUUGUUCAGUGUAGUUAGGUUGUACUCAUACCAUGUAAUUAGUUCAAAUCUGGAGCAUGCCUAUAGUUAGGUAAAUGAAAGAAAUACACUGCUGAAGUGGCUUGUAAGACCACACUAGAGUAGAGUUGUAGUGUAGCGAGACUAAAGACUAAGUUGUGGGUGGAUGCUAACAGCCAAUUCAGCGGUUAGCACUUCCCGUUAGAGAUUGAGGUGGACAAGACUCCAAUUAACAUUUUACCAUUUAUUGUAGCACCAAAACCGUUCUAGCACAGAUGGCAAACGCAUGAAUGAGGACUGGUAAAAGUAUGGUUUCUGCAACAGACAGAGACAAGUAUUAGUGUUCACAAACAUCAAUGGAACCUAAUUAGCAUAAAAUAAUAAAUGAUUACAUACUGUGAAUUUACAAAGUAAACAAUAGCAUAACAUGUUUAAUUUCAAUUUAAUCCUCCAGAAACGACAGAACAAAUAAUUCAACAAAUAUUGUGGUUAAACUCAAAUAUACAAAUUGAUAAAAACCAUUUUUUUUGACAAAAUGUUUUUUUUGAAAAAGGUAUAAUCUUCGUAAAUGAUAUCAUCGGUAGGACUGGUGGAGUUAUGUCACACAUGCAGCUAACAAAAACUUAUGGAAAUGUCUGCUCUACCCAAAAUUACAACCAAAUAAUUGCAGCAUUACCGCAAAAAUGGAAGAGGAAAGUGGAAGGGGGAAAAAGUAAGGAACUUGUCUGUCAGCCUUGCAUUAAAGAACAUAAUUGGUUAAAGAAAACUAUGAUAAAUAAAAAAGUAUACCAGUUUAAUUUAAGUACCAAAGGAUUGACAGCCGUCCCAUAUAGAUUGCAAAAUAGUUGGAAAGAGAUUUUUGACGUACCGAUUCCAUGGCAUAGUGUUUAUGAACUGAUACGCAAAACGACGCCGCAUUCAAAACCUAUAAUUUUUCAAUUUAAAUUAUUAUAUACAAUUCUUGCUACCAAUAGAAUGUUAUUUAUAUGGGGGAUACAAUCUUCCCAGCUCUGCAGAUUUUGCUGCGAAGAGACAGAAUCAUUAGAUAAUAUGUUUUGGUACUGACCAUUUGUAGCUUGUUUUUGGACACAGGUCCAGGAAUGGCUAAAGGAUUACAAUAUUUACCUGGAGCUAACCCUGCAGAUAGCAUUACUGGGUGAUCUGAAAAGUCAUAGUCAAUCGAUAAAUAAUAUAAUAAUACUUUUAGCAAAAAUGUUUAUUUUCAAUGUACAAUCUGUAGAAACAAUGAGAAUAGAAAGGUACAGAACUUUUGUAAAACAUCACAGUACAGUUGAAAAAUAUAUGGCAAAUAGAAAUCCAAUAUGGAUGGUGUUAAGAGAUAGAUGGGUGGUGUUGAAUGGAGUUGAAGGAUGGGACUAAUAACAACUAACAACAACUAAUAACAACAAGAUAACUAAUAAUGUAAGCAUACUGUGUCCAUAAUAAGUACAGUGAGGGAAAAAAGUAUUUGAUCCCCUGCUGAUUUUGUACGUUUGCCCACUGACAAAGACAUGAUCAGUCUAUAAUUGUAAUGGUAGGUUUAUUUGAACAUUGAGAGACAUUAUGCUUUGGGGGUGUUUUUCUGCUAAGGGGACAGGACAACUUCACCGCAUCAAAGGGACGAUGGACGGGGCCAUGUACCGUCAAAUCUUGGGUGAGAACCUCCUUCCCUCAGCCAGGGCAUUGAAAAUUGUUCAUGGAUGGAUAUUCCAGCAUGACAAUGACCCAAAACACACGGCCAAGGCAACAAAGGAGUGGCUCAAGAAGAAGCACAUUAAGGUCCUGGAGUGGCCUAGCCAGUCUCCAGACCUUAAUCCCAUAGAAAAUCUGUGGAGGGAGCUGAAGGUUCGAGUUGCCAAAUGUCAGCCUCGAAACCUUAAUGACUUGGAGAAGAUCUGCAAAGAGGAGUGGAAAAAAAUCCCUCCUGAGAUGUGUACAAACCUGGUGGCCAACUACAAGAAACGUCUGACCUCUGUGAUUGCCAACAAGGGUUUUGCCACCAAGUACUAAGUCAUGUUUUGCAGAGGGGUCAAAUACUUAUUUCCCUAAUUAAAAUGCAAAUCAAUUUAGAACAUUUUUGACAUGCGUUUUUCUGGAUUUUUUUGUUGUUAUUCUGUCUCUCACUGUUCAAAUAAACCUACCAUUAAAAUUAUAGACUGAUCAUUUCUUUGUCAGUGGGCAAACGUACACAAUCAGCAGGGGAUCAAAUACUUUUUUCCCUCACUGUAUAUAGGUUAUAGGUUGAGAGCUUUUGUGAAAGAGCACAGUUAGAAAGAUAUGUCAUAUAGAAGCAAACCGGAUGGACAUUAUGAAAAUGAUCGGAGAGGUUGAGGGUAGAGAAGGUUCAGGAGUAAAAACAAACAAAAUAUAAUUAUUGUAAAAUUGACUGUGUCCAUAAAAUGUAUAUAGUAUGUAUAAGCUGGAAGUAGAGGCCUAAGCAUUGUUGUUCACUAGUUUACUCCAAUAAGGGAAGGGGUGGUGGGGUUGGAAAGUAAUAAAGGGAAAUAUAUAUUUUUUAAAGGAUAUGUAUAUGUGUAUGUAUGUGUAUGUAUAUAUGUAUGUAUGUACAGUUGAAGUCGGAAGUUUACAUACACCUUAGCAAAAAUACAUUUAAACUAAGUUUUUCACAAUUCUUGACAUUUAAUCCUAGUAAAAAUUCCCUGUCUUAGGUCAGUUAGGAUCACCACUUUAUUUUAAGAAUGUGAAAUGUCAGAAUAAUAGUAGAGAGAAUGAUUUAUUUCAGCUUUUAUUUCUUUCAUCACAUUCCCAAUGGGUCAGAAGUUUACAUACACUCAAUUAGUAUUUGGUAGCAUUGCCUUUAAAUUGUUUCAUUUGGGUUAAACGUUUCGGGUAGCCUUCCACAAGCUUUCCACAAUAAGUUGGGUAUAUUUUGGCCCAUUCCUCAUGACAGAGCUGGUGUAACUGAGUCAGGUUUGUAGGCCUCCUUGCUCGCACACGCUUUUUCAGUUCUGCCCACACAUUUUCUAUAGGAUUGAGGUCAGGGCUUUGUGAUGGCCACUCCGAUACCUUUAUUUUGUUGUCCUUAAGCCAAUUUGCCACAACUUUGGAAGUAUGCUUGGGGUCAUUGUCCAUUUGGAAGACCCAUUUGCGACCAAGCUUUAACUUCCUGACUGAUGUCUUGAGAUGUUGCUUCAAUAUAUCCACAUCAUUUUCCUUCCUCAUGAUGCCAUCUAUUUUGUGAAGUGCACCAGUCCCUCCUGCAGCAAAGCACCCCCACAGCAUGAUGCUGCCACCCCCGUGCUUCACGGUUGGGAUGGUGUUGGUUGGGAUGAUGCAAGCAUCCCCCUUUUUCCUCCAAACAUAACAAUGGUCAUUAUGGCCAAACAGUUCUAUUUUUGUUUCAUCAGACCAGAGGACAUUGCUCCAAAAAGUACAAUCUUUGUCCCCAUGUGCAGUUGCAAACCGUAGUCUGGCUUUUUUAUGGCAGUUUUGGAGCAGUGGCUUCUUCUUUGCUGAACGGCCUUUCAGGUUAUGUCGAUAUAGGACUCGUUUUACUGUGGAUAUAGAUACUUUUGUACCUGUUUCCUCCAGCAUCUUCACAAGGUCCUUUGCUGUUGUUCUGGGAUUGAUUUGCACUUUUCACACCAAAGUACGUUAAUCUCUAGGAGACAGAACGCGUCUCCUUCCUGAGCGGUAUGACGGCUGCGUGGUCCCAUGGUGUUUAUACCUGCGUACUACUGUUUGUACAGAUGAACGUGGUACCUUCAGGCGUUUGGAAAUUGCUCCAAAGGAUCAACAAGACUUGUAGAGCUCUACCAUUUUUUUUCUGAUGUCUUGGCUGAUUUCUUUUGAUUUUCCCAUGAUGUCAAGCAAAGAGGCACUGAGUUUGAAGGUAGGCCUUGAAAUACAUCCACAGGUACACCUCCAAUUGACUCAAAUGAUGUCAAUUAGACUAUCAGAAGCUUCUAAAGCCAUGACAUCAUUUUCUGGAAUUUUCCAAGCUGUUUAAAGGCACAGUCAAUUUAGUGUGUGUAAACUUCUGACCCACUGGAAUUGUGAUACAGUGAAUUAUAAGUGAAAUAAUCUGUCUGUAAACAAUUGUUGGAAAAAUUUCUUGUGUCAUGCACAAAGUAGAUGUCCUAACCGACUUGCCAAAACUAUAGUUUGUUAACAAGACAUUUGUGGAGUGGUUGAAAAACGAGUUUUAAUGACUCCAACCUAAGUGUAUGUAAACUUCCGACUUCAACUGUAUACUGUAUGUAUGUAUGUAUGUAUGUAUGUAUGUAUAUAUAUUUGCGAGAGAAAAAAAACAUAUGGGGGAUUGGAAGUGAUGCAGACAAUUACAUUGAUAGAAGUUACAAUCUAUCUACAAUAUUAAAGGUGAUCUACCCCAUAAAGAAAACAAUAAAAAAACAAAAAACAAUAGCAUAACAUGUCAAAUGGCACAGGUAAUACACUCACUUGGUAAUGAACGCAUACUGGAUGAGAGUCCUCUGAUGGCUGCCAAACAAAGACUGUUUUGUGUGCUCGGCAGCCAUCUUUAUAGGAGGCAAUCUUGGCCAUCUAGAGUGCUCACUUCGAAUAAUUCAUGAACAGCCGCCCACGCAGUAGUGCAGCUAAUGAAUUAUUCCCAUCGGAUUUGAGUAAUCUGUAGCACUUCCUGGGGCUGUAUGGACAGAUUACUUGCUCUAAGGCCAUGUCCUGGCUGAGCUCUUGUGGCUGACUGUUGCAGCUCGGGGAGGCAGGAGUUGACCACGGUUACUGGUUGGCAGAGAAAGUGACCAUCUUGGCCGCCCCGUCCACUCCCGAACUCAUGCUCCUUGGGGCAUGAACGGCUCUGGCCGCCCCAUGAGAAGAUCUUUGAUGGCUGGAGUAAGGGACUGUUGGCUCCUUUUCUGGGGGCCAUGGUUGGGUAGGUAGAGCUGGAUACAGGUCAGGUAUUAGCGGGGGGUAGAUUGCCUGAGCCGAGUCCAGAGCAGUUGAGGUCUGAAAGGUACUGGGAGCUCCUAGGAACUGGGAGUAGGCCGGUUGAUCUAGACCUGUAGCCGCUGGACCCUGAGCACCCAGGGACUGGGAGUAGGCCGGUGCUAGACCUGGAAAGAGCUGAGGGCAAACUAGCUGAGCUGCUGGCCUGCAUACUGAGCUCAAGGGUUGUGGUAGCAGUCACAGCUGGUCCGCAGUUAUAUCUCCUUCUGGGGAUGACUGGUUGGAGCUGCGUGAAUAGGCUUGUACUUGACUUGCAGAGAUAGCUGCCCUAGACUUCAGUUGGUCUGCUGCUGCCUUAAGGGAACCUGGAGCAGAGGUUCUCACUUGUUGAGAUUGAAGCUUGUCUUCGUCGCUUGGGUUGAGGGGCUCAGCUUCCGUGCUGAGCUCGGAGUCUCUUGGUGGUUUCAGACAUUGUAAUGAGGCUUGAGACUGGGUGUCUGAAUCGAAGGGGUCACCUUGGCUACUGAGUUUGUAAGGUACUUUGUCUUGGAAAGCCAAUGGCAGUUCUUGUCCAUCCCUUUCUCCCUGGGUAGCAUUGUUAGUGCUGUCGGGCUGAGCGGGGGUUUCUGGACUGGGCACAUAGAUUCGCUUGCCUGCACUAGUGACUAGUUGUGUGCUGUCUGCUGGCCUCUAGCCCUGCUGUGCUAUAGGCAUGUAGCUGCCUAGGUCCGAUAUUUAAAAAAAAAUAUUUUCUUACAAUUCAAAAUCAAAGAGCUAAUUGAUCCUUGGUAUGGCCUUCUUAAAACAAUUCCAUAUUGCUUAGACAGGGCUUAGACUGUAGUGGGUUAACUAUAAUUACCAAAAUCCAUUGCGUCAGUUUUUUCUGGCUCAGAGAGGAAAAGUUGAAGCGAGAUGUUUCACUCGCCAAAAUCAGUCCAAAAUAAGCCCAAUGUGUUUCUAUAGGCAUAUUUUGGACCUAUGCUUGUCGCCUAUCUUCCCGCAUUUGGGACAAUGACUCCCAUUGUUAGGGCAGAGACAUGAGCAUCUCGUCAUUAUAUACAGAUCUCUGGAUGGAUACACUUUUACGCCUGCCACGUUAGGUUAGAUACACAGACUGCAUGAGAGAGGGAUGUACACAACGAUGAGAGGGACAGAGACCAUUUGUGAAAGUAAACCUUAUCUACUUUGAAGAACUAGUCAAAUUAUUGUCAGACAGCUCUGCAGCAUACUUAGGCAGGCUAGCUAAAAGGAUGACUAAAGGCAGUACAGCAGGGAUCAUCAACUAGAUUCAGCCGUGGGCUGUUUUUUUUCUAAGUGGAUGGUCGGGGGUGCCGGAAUAUAAUCAAGCAAUAAGGCCCGAGGGGGUGUGGUAUAUGGCCAAUAUACCACAAACCCCUGAGGUGCCGUAUUGCUAUUAUAAACUGGUUACCAACGUAAUUAGAACUGUAAAAAUAAAUGUUUUGUCAUAUCCGUGGUAUAUGGUCUGAUAUACCACGGCUGUCAGCCAAUCAGCAUUCAGGGCUCAAACCACGCAGUUUAUAAUUAGAAAAAAAUUGUUGACUGCAAGAAGCCCAAACAGAUAUAAUGUUUGACUAAAACAUAAUCAUUUCAAACCUUGCUUACAUUUGUAUACAAUCAUGUGUAUAUUGUGCAUGGGAAUACUUGGGAGCAGAUUUCUUAAAAUAAAAUAACUUGGCGCUCAUUUCCUGGUGUUUUUACAGUCAUUUAUGUCCAACAAUAUAAACUAAUUGCUCAGAAAACUUGGGGGGCCAAAUAAAACCACCGCCAGUUGGGGAACCCUGCAGUACAGUAUGGGGAGCACAGCCAUCUUUAUAUGGUCAGGUAAUUGGUCACCUGAUGGGUCACCUGACCCUCAUGAACAGUAAAUAUACCCAUGAUGGAAUUUAGACUAGGUGUUAUUAUGAUGUUGGUAGCAGGUGUGUGAUGUGAUGUUUUAAUGAAAUGUUGGCUGAGUGCUUUGAGUCUCUGUUAUGAUGUGAUGCUUCCCUGUGUGUUUGGUUAUGUUGUGAUUCUGUCUCCUGUGGUGUUGGGAGAUUAUGAUGCGAUUCGGUCUACUGUCAUGUUAUUUUCAGAUUAUGUGGUGAUCUCUCCUGCAUUUGUUAUUGUUAGGUUGCGAUGUGAUAUCAUGAUGUUAGGUUGUAAUAUGACGUAAUCUCCCAUGUUAUUAUGAUUAGGUUGUAAUGUGAUGUUCUCCUCUGUGAUCAUGAAGGUUAUGAUGACUUUGAGGAGUCUCCCUAUGAGGAAUCGCCAGUGGAGACUUCUCGAAUGGCCUCCUUAGUGGCAGCAGGUAGCCUACAGCACAAUCAUUUAUUACAUUAACACCCUCAGGCACUCCUGAUCAAAACACUACUAAACCCUAUCACCAAUCAAUCAACUCAUCUCUACAGCCCUCAAGUGACCAGGUGUUCACUUUCUCUCCCCUUUCUCUCUCUCCCUCUCCCCUUCUCUCUCUCUCCGUCCCCAUACCUGUCUCUAUAUCUAUCUAUCUCUUUCUUUCCCCAUCCCCCUCUCUCUCAGCCUCCUCUCUUCUUCUAGAUGGACAUAACGUAUGUCUGAAGGCAGCCCAGGACUGUGGUCUGUAUGAGAAAUGUGGUUCCCUGAGGUCUGAGUACGUCCUUGCCUGCACCAAGCGUGCCCCAGGCUUGGACCACUGCAACAGGCAGAAGUGCCACCGGGCGCUGCGGCGCUUCCUGGAGCGCGUCCCGGAGGAGUACAGCCUGGGGUUGCUGUUCUGCCCCUGUACUGACAAACUGUGUGGGGAGAGACGCAGGAAGACCAUCGUCCCCUCCUGUUCCUACCAGGAGAGAGACAUGAUACAGCCCAACUGUCUGCAUCUGCAGAGCUUCUGCAGGAGGGACGAACUCUGCAGGUCAGACACACAAUAUGUACACACACAAAACACACACACACCUUUUUGCUCUUAGAAGCACUCUCAUUCGUGUGUGUGUGUCUGUGUCUCAGGUCCAGACUGGCUGAUUUCCAGCAUAACUGCCAGCCCUCCGGCCAUUCCACUUCCGUCUGUAUCAGAGAGAGUGGAGCUGUGUGCCUCAAAUCCUACGCCGGACUCAUCGGUAAGAGAGAGAGUGAGAGAGGGAGGGGAGAGGAGGGGUGAAAUAGCCUUAAAUGCAGAAGUCAGUCUGGUUUCACAAGGCUUGAGGAGAAAGGGGGAUGCAGCGAAAUAUGAACGAUGGAGAGGGGUGAGAUGAGGGAGGAGAGAGACAGAGAGAAUAAAGAGAAUAGAGAGUGAUUAAGAUGACAGAGAGGAUGUUAGCGGGUCGUGUCAGGGGUGUGUCAGUGUGCCAGCCUUAGGAUCUUAAACAGUAGGAGUUGAUUUUGGUAACCUUUGACCCCUUCCUCCAGGCACCAUCAUGACCCCCAACUACGUUAGCAACAGCACUGUGGACGUGGCCCUGUGGUGCAACUGCAAGGGCAGUGGCAACCAAUGGCAGGACUGCUUGAGGAUCCAGCACAUGUUCACCAACAACGCAUGUCUGGGUUAGUCUGUUCGUCACCCAUAUGAGUACAUAUGUCAAUCAAUCAACUGUCAGACCAAUCAAUCAAUGCACUUUACAUAAGGCAAGCAAUCAAUUUACUACUUGACACUUAAAUCCAUCAAUCUGUCAAAUAGUUAAACACUCAGACACACACUCGCUCUCAUGCACGGAUGUGAACACACACACACACAUUAUGUAAUGUAAUGUGUCUAUCUGUCUGUCUCACAGAGAACUCCAUCAGUACCAUGGGUAGCUCCCCCCCUCGGCCAGUGGAGAGCACUUAUCCCCCGCCCUCUCGCCCCUCCCACCUGGACCAGCAGAAUGAGCUCAGCAACAAUGCCCAGGAUAAGUUCAGCAACAACGCUGUGAGUACUACUACUCAACAUUACCCAAUACUACCUAACAUUUCUCAACAUUACCCAAUACUACCUAACAUUACUCAAUACUACUUAAAAUUACACAAUACUAUCUAACAUUACUCAAUACAACCUAACAUUACUCAAUACUACCUAUCAUUACUCAACAUUAUCCAAUACUACCUAACAUUACUCAAUACUACCUAACAUUACUCAACAUUAUCCAAAACGACUUAACAUUACUCAAUACUACCUAACAUUAUGCAAUACUACUUAAAAUUACCCAAUACUAUCUAACAUUACUCAAUACUACUUAAAAUUACCCAAUACUAUCUAACAUUACUCAAUACUACCUAACAUUACUCAAUACUACCUAACAUGACCAAAUAAUACCUAACAUUACUCAACAUGACUAAGUACUACCUAACAUUACUGAACACUAUUCAACAUUACUCAGCACUAUGCAACGUUGUUAGUUUUGAACGACUCACCGCUCACAUGCAACCAAAUAUUUUCCUGUUCGACCUGGGUUUUUAUUUUGGGAGCACCAGUGCAACUAAACAUAUAUAUAUAUAUAUAUAUAUAUAUAUAUAUACAGUGCAUUCGGAAAGUAUUCAGACCCCUUCACUUUUUCAACAUUUUAUUACGUUACAGCCUUAUUGGAUUAAAUACUUUUAUUCCUCAUUAAUCUUCACACAAUACCCCGUAAUGCAAAGCGAAAACAGGUUUUUCGAAAUUUUAGUAAAUGUAUUAAAAAUAAAAAACAGAAAUACCUUAUUUACAUAAGUAUUCAGACCCUUUGCUAUGAGACUCGAAAUUGAGCUCAGGUGCGUCCUGUUUAGAUUGAUCAUCCUUGAGAUGUUUCUACAACUUGAUUUGAGUCCACCUGUGGUAAAUUCAAUUGAUUAGACAUGAUUUGGAAAGGCACACACCUGUCUAUAUAAGGUCCCACAAUUGACAGUGCAUGUCAGAGCAAAAGCCAAGGUCGAAGGAAUUGUCCGUAGAGCUCCAAGAUAGGAUUGUGUCAAGGCACAGAUCUGGGGAAGGGCACCAAAAAAUGUCUGCAGCAUUGAAGGUCCCCAAGAACACAGUGGCCUCCAUCAUUCUUAAAUGGAAGAAGUUUGAACCACCAAGACUCUUUCUAGAGCUGGCCGCCCGGCCAAACUGGGCAAUCGGGGGAGAAGGGCCUUUGUCAGGGAGGUGACCAAGAAUCCGAUGGUCACUCUGACAGAGCUCCAGAGCUCCUCUGUGGAGAUGGGAGAACCUUUCAGAAGAACAACCAUCUCUGCAGCACUCCACCAAUCAGGCCUUUAUGGUAGAGUGGCCAGACAGAAGCCACUCCUCAGUAAAAGGAACAUGACAGCCCACUUGGAGUUUGCCAAAAGGCACCUAAAGGAUUCUCAGACCAUGAGAAACAAGAUUCUCUGGUCUGAUGAAACCAAGAUUGAACUCUUUGGCCUGAAUGCCAAGCCUCACGUCUGAAGGAAACCUGGCACCAUCCCUACGGUGAAGCAUGGUGGUUAGCAGCAUCAUGCUGUGGGGAUGUUUUUCAGCGGCAGGGACUGGGAGACUAGUCAGGAUCGAGGGAAAGAUGAACGGAGAAAAGUAAAGAGAGAUCCUUGAUGAAAACCUGCUCCAGAGCACUCAGGACCUCACACUGGGGCGAAGGUUCACCUUCCAACAGGACAACAACCCUAAGCACACAGCCAAGACAACGCAGGAGUGGCUUCAGGACAAGUCUCUGAAUGUCCUUGAGUGGCCCGGCCAGAGCCCGGACUUGAACCCGAUUUAACAUCUCUGGAGAGACAUGAAAAUAGCUGUGCAGCGACGCUCCCCAUCCAACCUGACAGAGCUUGAGAGGAUCUGCAGAGCCCGUCAGGUCUCUGGUAAUCGGGUUUGUGUAGAUCCGUGAAGCCCUCUAGCACACAGUUCCUCCAUGCUGUUUAGUAUCUCAUUAUGUUGUCAAUUCACUGAACAGAUUCUUCCAAAACAAGAACGAUGGUCCUUUCCACGUUGCUUCUAAAUACAAAUCAACAUGUUUUCUCUAUUAUACUAUUAGUUUGUGUAUCUUGCUCUCUGAAAAACACAAGUUAGUUAGUCUAAGGAAGCUGGCAUGUGCCUAAAAUAAUGCAAAUCGCUAAAGCAAAUCACUAACUAGCUAGCUGUCUAACUAAAUGCCAUUUAGCUAAAUGCACUAGCUAAGGCAAAGCAAACGUUAACUUUAAUACAGGUUGUUACCAGUGGUGGUGUAGGUCAGCAUGUUGUUUGUGCAACGGCAUGUUCUAAAUCAGAUAAGCCUACAUUUAGACAAACAUUUUAUAAUAGGCUAACAUCAAUUCAAAUGUGAUUAGGGUCCCCUGGGAAACACUGACCAACACUUCGGUUCCUACCCUGUCAUAACCUGGCUUUUUCAUUUGUUGUCAUGCCAAACAACGCCAACCAUUAGAAUUAUAAUAAUCAUUCUAUUUCUAGUAUUCCAACCAUUCCCCCAAGUGUUUUGAUCUACACUGAGUGUACAAAACCUUAGGAACACCUUCAUAAUAUUGAGUUGCACCCCCUUUGCCCUCAGAACAGCCUCAAUUUGUCGGGGCAUGGACUGCAAGGUGUCGAAAGCAUUCCACAGGGAUACUGGCUCAUGUUGACUCCAAAGCUUACCACAGUUGUGUCAUGUUGGCUGGAUGUCCUUUUGGUGGUGGACCAUUCGUGAUACACAUGGGAAACUGUUGAGCAUGAAAAACUCAGCAGCAUUGCAGUUCUUGACACACUCAAGCCGAUGCGCCUGGCAUCUACUACCAUACCCCGUUCAAAGGCACUUCAAUCUUUUGUCUUGCCCAUUUACCCUCCGAAUGGCACACAUACACAGUCCAUGUCUCAAUUGUCUCAAGGCUUAAAAAUCCUUCUUUAACCUGUCUCCUCCCCUUCAUCUACACUGAUUUAAGUGGAUUUAACAGGUGACAUCAAUAAGGGAUCAUAGCUUUCACGUGGAUUCACCUGGUCAGUCUAUGUCAUGGAAAGAGCGUGUGUUCUUAAUGUUUUGUACACUCAGUGUAUAUGCCAAGUCCAAUUUGAAAAAUCGUAAUUCGAUUUUUUUGCCCUUAUCGUGCAGCCCUACUAACAACCUGGUAACUUUACCAGUAUAUGCAAACAUUUGGUGGCACAUAAAGAAAGGAAAAUGGAUAUCUUCUUCAGGAGAUGUGCUUCAAAGUAAGUAGUAUUCAUAUAGGCCCAAUGGAGGUAUCUAUUUUUCUGGUGCUACCAGUGAUUUGUAUUUAUUUAGAGCCCUGUCCACAGGCUGCUGGAAUGACCAUUGACCACAGGAGUGACUGCUUUUGUCUGACCGCUAAAUCCUGUUCGGUCCAUUGAUCAGAAUGACAGUGAAGCGCUUUAUGUCUCCUCUGCUUCCUGCAUUCUCAACACAGCCAGAAUUGAUCUCUGCCGCCAGCUAGACCAGGGGGAUUCCAAUACCCUCUCUCUCUCUCUCCUCUCCCCCUCCUCUUCUCUCCCCCUCUAUCGCUCUAUCUCUCUCUGAGAGAUGCAGCUCCUAAGGAUCGAUCUGCCCUGUCUAGACUCCUCUCUGCUCUCUCUGCUAUUCUGAAGCUCUCUUCCUCUCUCUCUCUCAUCUCUCCGUCCUAUAGCUCUCUCUCUCUCUCUAUCUCUCCUUAUUCUCUCCCUGUCUCUCUCUUUCUCUCUCGUGCCCCUCCUUUACUGUUUUCUAGUCUUCCCUCUUCCCCCCAAAAUUGUCUUUUUUCCCUUUCUCCCCCCUUCUAAAAUCUUCCUUUUCCCCCCCCACUCUUUUCAUUCCCCUCUCUCUCUCCCCUCUCUCUUUUUUUUUUUCCCGUUUCCCCUUUUUUUCCAAUCUCAAAUUUUUUUCCCCCUCAAAUUUUUCCCCCCUUUCCCCCCCCCUUUUUCCCCUUCUCUCUCUCCCUCUCCUCUCUCCUCUUUUUUUUUUUCCCCCCCCAAAAGUCUCUGGCUUUCUCUUUUUUUCUUUUUCCCCUCUUCUUCUCCCCCCCCGCCCCUUCCUUCCCAAAAAUUUUCUCUCUUCCCCUGCUUCUCCCCCCCCUACAUUUCUCUCCUUCCUUUUCCCUUUCCUUAUCCCGUUCUUUCCCCCUCUUUCUCCCACGCUCGUCCCUCCCUCUCUCUCUCCCUCUCUCCCCUUCUCCCCUUCUCUCCUCCUCUUCUUUCCCCCUCCUCCUCUCUCUCCUCUUCUCUCUUCUCUAUUCUCUCCUCUACGUGUUAUCUUGUAAUCCGCUCGUAUCUUCUGUCUCCUCUUCUCUAUCCUAACUCCUAAUUCCUUCGCCAUCUAGGGCACAUGCGUUCACUCGCGCUCCAGUCUCUCUUCUCUGCUCUCUCCCCUCUUCUUCUGGCUCGCCCCUCUCUCUCUUUCCCUCCUCUCCGUGUUCCACAUUGUAAUCCCUCCUUCCAUCCUCUCUUCUCCUCACUCAAACCUCAUGUCAUUCUCUCUUCUACUCUUCACAUCCCUCAUUUCUUUCUCUCUUCCUCUCUUCUAACAAUAUAUCUCUCUGUCUCAGGUGGAGCAGAGUGAGGAAGAGGAGGAUGUGGAGGAGGAGGGGGGUCAGUUUGACGUGAUCCCUCUCUAUGCUGAGAAGGCCACGGUGUCCAACCUGGGUUCUGGGGGUGGGGGGGUGUCGCCCCGUCUUUCCCUCGGCCCCCCUCACUCCCUGCUGCUGCUCCUUCUGCUACUGUCUGCCUCUCUGAGCUGGGGGUAAGGAGGGGGGGGCACCCCUUCACACGGACAAGAGCCCCCACACAGACACAGAGACUCAAAGAAAGGCACAGAGAGAGAGAGAGAGAGAGAGAGAGAGAGAGAGAGAGAGAGAGAAGAGAGAGAGAGAGAGAGAGAGAGAGAGAGAGAGAGAGAGAAGAAAAGAGAAAGGACCUCGUGUUUAUUUCUUCUCUCUUCCUUUUGAGACAGUCUUGUACAGUCUGUUUUCUUUGUCUUGCUUCACCUCCCACUGUCAGGUGAUGGUUUUGUCCAAUGGAGACGUAUGACAGACCGGGAUGAACCAACUCCAAAGUGACAGAGGGGGGUUAAACUGAGUGACUCUUUUGGUGAAAACAUGUGACAGGUUACUAUGGGUUCGAUGGCACUUCAGUAUAUCCAAGCUUUACUCUGUCCAUUCAUACCUCUAUCUCCAGUGAUGGAGAAGUGCUUACAGUAAGUCAUGAUGACAUAGUCAGUGGUAUGAAGGAAUUAAUGUACACAUGUAGCUUGACAGAGUGUGUGUGUUCUGUUCUGUGCCAGUGUGUGUGUGUUACGCAAAGAGUAGAGCGUUUUUCAUAUCAUCUCGUCUCCCACCUCAUACUCACCCCCGUCAGCAGUCACACACACACACACACACUGGCAGCAGCCCGUGCAGGCGAACAUUAGAUCCAGCAGAUGCAAGUGCUUCUAAUUUAUUAGUCUAUCUGUGUCCUGUCUACUUUCCUAUGACUCAGCACAGGCUGGGAGAAUAACCAGCGGCAUAAAUACAAAUAAAACAGUAAUAAUAAUAAAAAAAGACGUUCCAGAAACAAUAUGAGUAAUAAAGCAAGUACAAAAAAUCGAAUAUGUUUUCAACAGGUGCAGACGCCCGUCUGGGGUUGACACUCGCAGGCAGAAGGAGAGAGAAAUAAGAUGAGGGAUAAAGAGAGAGUUUAUCAUGUGUGGUCUAUUUCCACUUUUUAUUUGUUUUAGUUUGAGGGGAGAUAAUAUGGCACGGCAUGAACUCUUUAUCUUAUGGUGGGCUCUUGGGGAGGGAGAGAAAGAGUAAACCAGAGAAAGAGAGAGAGACCCUUGAGCGCAAACAUACCAUAGAGAAUUGCUGGCCCUCUAUUUCCUCUGUCUUAUAAAUCUUUUGCUGACACUGUUUCUUUUUUGUUUGUCUCUUGUUCUUUCCUAUUUCUGGGGGGGGGGGGGGGGGAGAAGGAAUGGGGAGGGGCUGGAUUGGUGGUAGUCUGCAGUAUGUGUCUUGCAUCAUUCUCUCCCACCUAUAAGCUUACACACACCAACUGUCCAACGCCACAACAACGCCGAACAACAGACCGUUACACAAAGUGUCUGUCAAUCAGUCAUUCUUUCCGAAAGAAAAGUGGAACAUGCUUACCUGAAGAUGUAUCCUUCCAUUCCAUAGAACUCGAGCAUCAUAAUGCCAAGGUCAGCUAGUCGCUCGCAGAUCUCGUGCUGGGGUUAAUUGAUAGCAGUGAGGAAAGUAGGCUGGAGAUUGAUGCGCCUGUCAGGCCUGUGUGGGGCCUAUACAAGGCCUGUUGUUAUUUUUUAAUUGUUGUCAUGGCCGUUUGUCAUCUGCUGACACCUCUCCACUGCCAACAGACAGACUGAGAGAGAGAGAAGGGGGAGGAGGAGAGGAUACCAAUCAUUUACAUCAAUAUCUCUGAAAUAAAUAAGCCGAGAAGCCAUGCGUUAAAUCAACUGGCAUAGAGUAGGGUAGGGGAAUGGGAGGGAUUAUUUUACUGUUCUUGUUCGCUCAUAUUACAGCUCUAUCAUAAACACACACACUGUCAUACAUUAGUUCAGUGGUGUCUGAUUCCCCUGGACUUUAGCAUUUUAAUCUAUCAUUGGCCUGACACAGGGAUGUUGGCAGCACCAUGGCUUAGUUAUACUGUCCACUGUGGAGAGACUCAGCCAGAGAGAGAUACAAAACUAACCGAAAGGCACACAAGGAACUACAAUGACACACACUACACACACUCUGUAAGAAACAUGUCCAGGGAGAGUAGAAGGGAGGAAAGCAAAGCGGGAGAAAAAGAGAGGAAGAGAGAGUGAGGACUGAUAUGGCCUGCGGGUUUAUAGCAGUAUUAAUGCUGUAGCUUGCCCUUACUGAUCUAUUUCACACUCUGUAGGUCCUAAAGCAUCAGCACUCUGCUGUAGCACAGACUCAGCCACAGCUCCGCUGCUACAGCCAGACACACAAUGGAGGAGGACGGAGCAGCUUUCAUUUAUUAGUUUAAACAAAUACACAAAAAACUAAAGCAGAAAGGCACCAUUUGAAGCCAACCCCUUCCUAAACGGCUCCUUUAGCCCCACACCUGUAACACACACAUUCAUUGGUUGUAUUCAUUCAUACACUCAAUGGAUGUUUCUGUGUGGUGUGUUUUUGUGUGUGAACAUCCAGCUGUGCUAUGCUGUCUACCUGCCUGCCCUGCUUUCACAUUCAUAAUCACCUUUCAUCUUUAAUAAUCACCCAUCUUUAAUUUAUAAAACUGCUGUACUACAUACUCAUUAAAAUGUCUAUGCCAGAUGUGUACGUCGUUAUUUAUGCAUACGUAAUUACCACAAACAAUGUCAUGUUGUAUUGACUGUAUAUCGGCCAUCAGGAUGACUUAGUGUGUGUGUUCGUGUGUAGACUAUUAUCAGAUCAGAGGAUGUUCAAUGGUUACAAUGUUUUCCUGCUGCACCUGUACUUAGCUCUGUCUGUCAGUCACUCUGUGUAACCAUGGUGAUGCUGUGUCUCUGCCUCUGUUCGCUGUAGCACCAAAUCAUGUUAAAUGGUGCUGAAUAAUGCUAAGAUGUUCGUGCUUUUCUAUCCCAGCACCGCCGGAGGUGAAGCAGCCAUUUUGAGCAUUUUUCCCCCAGGUGGGCCGUGCCUCCUGCAGGUAGCCGGCUGAAUAGGCUGAUGGGUAUUCAGGAUGGGAGAGGACACGCUGGGACUGCAAAUGACACGCACAUUCAUGAGCAAGCAGAACUGAACUGCCUGACUUCUCUGCACAGCAACAAUAUGAUGAUGAAACCCUUUCUUCUUUCUUGCUCACUCUCCUGAACGCUGAGUGGACCGAUCUUCUCUCUUUCGUCAGGCUUGAGACAUCCCCCCACUAUCUUCCAUGUGUUGCUCAGACAGUGGACAGUCACAGGAAGGACCAUUCAGGAUCACAGAACUGCUCUGCUGGUGUUCAAGAAUGCAAAACAAAACAUGAUGACAAAACACUGAUGCCAUGAACAUUCUGUUCACCCGCUUCCCUUUAAGCAUGUCUGUGUACCACAGGAGAGGGCCAGCUUUGCCCUCCUACCCCCCAGAACUCGUUCUGUUCUGACCCCUCCUCUACACACCCCGCCCAGUGUUCUCUUGAUCAGGUAGUGUUCUGUGCUUUCCUCUAUCUGCUAAUCAGAGAGACAGCCACCACCACUGUGUACAUCGGUGAACAUAAUAAAUGAAUGAUCUUACAUUUACUUACUUUCCCUUCUGGUUUUAGUGUACAGUUGACCUUAAAUGAAAUGGCUUGGAACUGUUGUGAAUGUGCUGACUAGACCAUGUACAUGAGCAAGUAAAGAAAAAGCAUUUGAACUGGUAUAUAUAUUUGAAUGGCACAGAUAAUGCACUUAGCCAAUGUACUUUUAUCAAUAGUCGACUACAUUUAAUGAACACAUUAAGACGGCCUAUAGAUUACCUUCACAUGCACCAAUUCUCUGUCCCAGUUGUAACAUGGCGAUAUUGUGUUGAAGCAGUGACAAUGAUGAUGAUCAUUGAAACACUACAUCAGGUUUAAUGGCCAUUGUCAGUGUGUGGUUAAUGAAAUCAUUGUGAUGUAUUUCUGCUUUGUCUGAAUUCUCCUGAAGACUACAUUCUCCAGUGGCUUAUUAGAUAAUUAAAGAGUGACCAGCGACUACCAAACACUGUGGUCACACACACACACACACACACACACACACACACACACACACACACUGACACACACACACACUAACACAUGACACACACACAAACACACACUGUCUGUGAAUCAGAGGAGCACCAAUCACAGACCUAUUAAAUAAUCAGACAGGUUUCUCUCCCAUUGUGUCCAAUCAGAGCAAAUAGGUCUCCUGCUGGUGUGUCGUGUCUUGUUCCCUAUUUUUCUAGGGUCUCUCUCUCACUCUCUUCCUAUCUCUACCUUAACCUCCAUCUCCCUGUGGAACCCAACAAACUUUUCCUCCUGAGUCUGUUCAGACAGAUGAGUGUUCAGACAGAGAGAGAUGGAAGAGCAGGAGACCCAGUAAAGCUUUUAAUCUGUAA